AUGUUUGGCAGCACAGCCAUUGGCUUUGCCAGGAAUGCCCUCAUCCUGAGUUUCAGAGAUGGCCACAAAUACUACAUCGCCGUGACCAGGAGAAAACGACACGACCGGCCGAUUCCCGUGCAUCCAGGCUUCCCAUUCCGAGCACGCAAGCUGGUCCAUGAGGCCGAGCAGGCCAUCCAGUCCUUGCUUGCGAGGAUGGCCAAAGGCAACGCCAGCGUGGAGAAAGCGGAGGCAGCCAUUGCAAAGGCAGUCCGAAAGGCCAUGGCGGAAUUUGGGCCCAAGGAGGUGGCGGAAGACAUCCCUUUGGUCGGUUUCUUCACUGGCCUCUUCUUCUCUGCUUUGCGCCUCUGGGACGGCGACUAUCGCAAGGCGUCGGAGGAGUUUGUGGCGGGCCUGGCCGGGGAGUUUCCAGGGCCGGGCUGGGCAAUCAGCACUGCUAUCAACGUGGAUUUGUUGGCUGCUGAUGUGAAGGAGUUUGUUGCCACGGAGCAAUCGCGCGCACAGGCAGGACGAGCAGAGGCCGAAGCUGCAGAGAAAGCCAUAGAGCUAGAGUGGCUUCAGUUGGCUGAACUAAAUUAUGGCUCCCCCAUCUUUGGCGCAGCGCAAGGCAGCGUCAACAUGUUGUUUGACGACUUGGCCUUUGCGCACAAGGGCAAGCUCUCAGCUGUUUUCAUCCGAUCCGGUGAGGCUAUCAAUGGUAUUCAGGCUUUCUAUGGCUCUGCAGCACCUCAUGCAGUAGCAGCGCCAUACCAUGGACGAGGUCAGUUGCUUGGUGGCCAACCCCACCUCUUCGUGCUCCGAGAAGGGGAACACCUUGUCGGCAUUGAGGUCUGGCAUGGCGGUCACAUUGACGCAAUGGUCUUGUACACAAGCUCAGGCCGUCACAGUCAAGAGUUUGGUGGCCGCGGCGGCCACAGGGACUUCUACCGAGCCCCUGAGGGCAUGAGGAUCAGUUCUUUCCGCGGCUACGUCGAUGAAGUUGUGCUGCGCCUGGGUGUCUCGAUCUCUCCUCUGGAAGAGCAUCCUGUCCUCGCGCAUGUUCCCCGCGGGGUCUCGCUGACUUUGCCUCAGGAGCGUUGCGUAUACCGCAUUGAACCGCAUGGCGGCACUGACCGCGGCAGGACUAUGUUGAGUUGCACGAGCGGCGGAGUAGUAGACCUUUUCGGCUUCGACGACCAAAGUGGACGUCAGCAGUGGACGUUUGUCCACGUGAGCGAUGAUUUCUACAACAUCCUAGUGGCCAGUGGAACGCACUCCCAUGCGCUCAUGCUCAGCACAACCCCUGACGGCAAAACGGUUGAUCUGUUUGGACACGAUGAUGGUUCAGGCCGACAGCGCUGGAGGUUGACCCCUCUGCAGUCGAGCAACGGCACGUUGUACCGUAUCGAAGUGAGUGGCGGUGUAAAGAACGACCGUUUGUUGAGUUGCACACCUGAUGGGAAGGUUGACCUAUUCGGCAGAGAUGAUGACUCCGGUCGCCAGAAGUGGAAGCUUGUGCUCCUUGGUUGGCCAAAGUUGUGA